CGCUUCACUUGGAUUGGUUGAGAAAAUCUCAACUCCUUAGUUCUUAACUUCAAACUUCGACCUUCGCCAUGUCUGUCGCAGCUCAGCCUCCAAAGCAGAAAGACACUAAGGCUUUCCUUACUGACUUCAUGAUGGGUGGUGUUUCCGCCGCUGUCUCAAAGACCGCUGCUGCACCAAUUGAGCGUAUCAAGCUCCUCGUCCAAAACCAAGAUGAGAUGAUCAAGCAAGGCCGUCUUUCCCACCCAUACAAGGGUAUUGGUGACUGUUUCGCCCGUACAUACAAGGAUGAGGGUCUCGUUUCCUUCUGGAGAGGUAACACUGCUAACGUUAUCCGUUACUUCCCAACCCAAGCACUUAACUUUGCUUUCAAGGAUUACUUCAAGUCACUCUUCGGUGCUAAGAAGUCAGACGGCUACUGGACUUACAUGGCUGGUAACCUCGCAUCUGGUGGUGCUGCUGGUGCUUCAUCAUUGUUAUUCGUCUACUCCCUCGAUUACGCCCGUACCCGUCUCGCCAACGACGCUAAGUCAGCCGCUAAGGGUGGUGGUGAACGUCAAUUCAACGGUUUAGUCGAUGUCUACAAGAAGACCGUCGCUUCAGACGGUAUCGCUGGUCUUUACAGAGGUUUCGGUCCAUCCGUCGUCGGUAUUGUUGUCUACAGAGGUCUCUACUUCGGUAUGUUCGACUCAUUGAAGCCAGUUCUCCUUCAAGGUUCAUUGGCCAACUCCUUCCUUGCCUCAUUCUUGCUCGGUUGGGGUGUCACCACCGGUGCCGGUUUGGCUUCAUACCCACUCGACACCAUCCGUCGUCGUAUGAUGAUGACCUCAGGUGGUACCGGUCCUCACUACAAGUCUAUGAUGCACUGUGCAGCUGAAAUCACCAGAGCUGAAGGUGUCUCAUCAUUGUUCAAGGGUGCUGGUGCUAACAUCCUCCGUGGUGUCGCUGGUGCUGGUGUUCUUUCUAUGUACGACAAGCUCCAAGAAAUCCUCUUCGGUACCGUCUACAAGUAAACUUAUUGAUUUGAUUAAUGUUCCACAUAAUCUAAAAUUUGACUUCUUAGAAAAAAUAUAUACUCUUUCUUUACAAGUUUACUGUGCUUUAGAUGCGUUCUUCUUGAAC